AUGCCACGCGCUCCUUCCACCAGCCGUGCGCCUGCGCGCGGCGCCUGGAUUGGCAAGACGCUAGCGUACUCUCGAUACCGUCUGGGAGCCACAGAUCUGAACAGCAUUCAUCCCACGGACAUCAAGCCCCACGGCCGCGGCUACAUCCACAGGUACAACCUGUGCGAUGUGAAGCUCAUCCACGCCAAGGUCGCCGAAAUGGUCAAGACUUUGCAAGUCGAUGCGCCUCCAGGCGACACCGUGCCCGAGAAUGGCGAUGUGCUCGUGCGCUGGAAGGCUAAGAAGGACUAUGACCUGAACGAUCACCAGAUCAACCGCAUCCGUCCUUGUCGUAUAGAAACAAACCCGUAUGAUGCAGAACGGACUCCGAUGCGCACUCAUAACGUCGUCGACGUUCAGGCCCUGGCGCAUGCUAUUGAAGGACUCGGAGCUAUGGAGGCACCUCUGGACGCACAAAUCGCACACGACGCCAUACCUUAUGGAAACCGCUGGGAUGAUGAUUACAACCCGUUCGACGGUCUCUCAUCGUUGGAUGCCGCAAAUCUUCUCGCCUACGUGCUGAACGGUUGA